ACAAUUAUUGCUAGGAGCUUUCAAUUGAUCUGUCAUGUCGCCGGGAACAGGUUGUCUCGACAAUUGUGCUCAAAGUCAAAACUUUUCUGAUUUUAACUUUAACAAUUCUAGCAGUAGCAGUAGUAGUACUAGUAACGUAACCGAUGAUUAUUACUACGACUACUCCGACUCCGUGUCGAGUAUCGCCCUACAAGAAAUUAUACCUGGUGCCAUAGUUUACGGACUAACUUUAAUCAUAGGAAUUAUAGGUAAUACACUGGUGAUUUUCUCUAUAGCCAGAUAUCGACGUAUGAAAAAUAUCACUAACACGUUUUUAUUGAGUUUGGCUUCAGCUGAUCUCCUGCUUGUUCUUAUCUGUGUGCCGGUUAAGUUUGCCGCUUUCUUCUCCUUUACGUGGACGUUUGGCGAGUUUCUGUGUAAAGCUGUGGUGUAUUUACAGAAUGUGUCGGCCAUUUGUUCAGUUUUUACCUUGACCGCCAUUAGUUUAGAAAGGUAUUAUGCCAUCCUGCAUCCUUUACGAGCCAAGUAUGUGUGUACGGUUGGAAGAGCGAGGAAAGCAAUAAUUGUUCUAUGGUUUAUCUCUAUAGUACUGGCAAUACCAAUACCCUUCUUACAGGUUCAUAAAAUGGUUGGAUAUAUUCGGAUUGGUUAUUGGUGUGUGAAAGACUGGGAGCAGACAUUGUUCAGUAAAAUCUAUGAAGUCUACAUGUUUUGUAUCAUGCUAAUUCUACCAAUCCUAAUCAUGAUAUUUGCCUAUGCUAGCAUCUGUAUAGAGCUCUGGAUGGUGACACAUAAUCGACAAAUUUUACAAAACGGAAGAGACUGUUACACUCAACGACUUGCAUCCCCUAAACCAAGCCCCUUUAAAGUGACGUCAGAUAAAUGUCCAGUGAUGAGAAAACAGACUACAAUAAAAAAAACAUCUGAGGACGAUUCAACCAGAAAACAGGUAAUUAAGAUGUUGGUAGCCGUCAUCAUCAUCUUCAUCGUUUGCUGGGCACCGAUACUGACCAAUAACUUACUUACGUCCUUCAACGUUCUGCAUCCUUUAAACUAUGGGUACCUAAAGCCCAUGAGAUUAGCGUUUUAUCUUUUAUCGUACGCCAACAGUUGUGUUAAUCCUAUCAUUUACGGAUUUAUGUCCAAAAAAUUCCGGCAGACAUUUUAUCAUUCACUGUGUACCUGUAUCCGAGGAAAGGAAUAUGUCCGGAGGAAAUACUUUAUGCGUCAGAACUCCAUGCAGACCCGUUCCACCAUGUAUGCUUAUGGCCGCAGUCACACGGAACUUGAAAUGUCCAGAACAUGUGAUCCACAAUACGGGUCCUUCCAAGACGUGUAACUUUUAAACACCCAAACCGAUUUAAUGGUUGGAGCUGUAGACAGGGGCAAUAACUCCUGAAUUAAUAACCAAAUCUUGUGGAAACUUUCUAUGGUGACAGGAUCUUGUGUUGACUCUGUCGUCCGAUUUCUUGUUGCAUUGUUGCUGUAUUAUCACCAUCGCACUAAUAAUCCUGCGAUUUAUUUCGCUUGAUAAAUGGUUUAGAUAUGGCGUUAAUCUUAUGUGAGCUGAAAUAUUAUUCAUAAACAAAUGACUUUGACUGCUCAGAGAGUUAGGAGUUGGUUUACUAAUCCGGAGAUCAUUGUAGCAUAUUUGAGCCACGGCCAAUGUGAGUUGACCAAGUGCUUCACUUCUGGACAUCCGCGGAGGCUCAGAGACUAAAGCACUGACUCAAUCCCGCUGAUUCUCUAGACCUUCCAGCAUGGUUUCUUCUUGCCUUUGGUGCAGGACGGAAUGUAGGUAGAAACGCCACUCCCUGGGCAAGUUUUGUCGCGCAUGCCUGUCUUUAUUAUCCCGGUUGAUGUAGAGAAGUGGGACGUAAAACCCCAUUUCAUAUUUCACCCAGUCUCAGUAAAUCGCAUAUUUGGAUUGUCUCUUAGAAACUCCUCAGAGUGAAUAAAAAACGCCUAGUAACAGCUGCGAUUAUUUUGUGAUCAUUGACGUUCGUGUAGAAUUAUAUGUUUAAUUGCAUGAAAGCGUUCAUAAAAUUGAACAACUAACAAUAACCAAUCGUUAUUUUCAAUAAACGAGUAAUGGUCUUUGUCUCAAUUAUUGUCGGCUAAAUCACUGCCCUGUUCUUAACGAAUGGAGUAGACGCAAUUAGGCAACAAUUUUAUUGUCUUGGGACAAGCAAAUUGUUUGGAGAAAAGGGGACCGCCGGAAUUGUUAGUUCACGGACCGGAGCAGCUUGUUGUUGGAAUUGGAACAUGAAACAACCGUCGAUUGUAACCUGUGACUGCAGCGUAGAGAAACUAAUAAAGUUAUAGAAUUGAAAAAGUGCUCAGUUAUUGACAAUAGAUGUAAUAUUAGAAAUACAAGAUGUUGUUGAUAUUUCGUUUCGUUUCGUUUUGUUUUCAUUCUAUUUUUAAUUUGUAACUUGAUCAUAUCGUUUUAUGGAGCUAACCUUUAACGCAGUGGUGGGAUUGACUGCCCAUAUGGGGACCACGUGGCUAAGUGGGUAAGACGCUGGCUCGCUAGCCUGGAGGUCGGGUGUUCGAUCCCUGCA